AAGAGGAGAGGGCCUUACGCCAACGACCUUGUUAAGCACUCGCGUCUCGAACUCGCGUCCGAUUCCUGCGUCCACCGCCGCCGCCGCCGAGAGGAUGCAAUCGCACCUACCGUCCCCGGCGAGGCUGGGGCUCGCCGCCUCGUCGCCGUCGCUUCCGCCAAACCCGGUUCCCGGGAACCCCACCUCCUCGCCGCCGCACGGCAACCUGACCGCGGGCGCCGCCGCAGCCGCAGCCCCAACCCUAACCACCUCGCCGUCGCUGCUGCCGCUCUUGCCGCCGCUCCCGCGCGCGCAGUCGCUGCUCCACCUUGUAUCGUCGCUUGCCUCGAACCUAUUCGAGCUGUCGCCCAACCGCGCCACGUGGAUCUCCGCGUACCGGGGGUCACUCCCCACAUUCCUCCCCUCGUCGUCCUCCGCGCCGCUCCCGUCCCCGAUCUCGUCCACCAAGGACGCGCUGUCGAUGCUCACCACCCUUCAGACACAGCUUUUCGAGGCCGUCGCCGAGCUGCAGGAGACCCUCGAUCUGCAGGACGAGCGCGCCCGACUCGCCCGCGAGGCGCGCGCCAAGGAUGCCGCGCUCCUCGCCUUCGCGAAGAAGCUGCGGGAGGCCCACCACGUGCUCGACCGCCUCGUCGACGACUACGCCGACUACCGGCGCGACCCCAAGCGCCCGCGCGGCGCCGCCGCGGCUGACGACCCCGAGCCGGUGUCGGAUGGCGACUUCGGCGCGUCGCUCCACUCGAGGCUCAACCUUGACGACAUCCUGACCUACGCGCACCGCAUAAGUUACACGACCUUCGCUCCACCAGAGCAUGGUGCUGGGCUGCCUCUGCGCGGGGCUUUGCCACCUGCGCCACAGGAAAAUGAAAUGCGGAUGUCGCAGCUGUAUCGGUAUGCGGAUUUGGAUGUCGGGGUGCCCAAGAAAUCCUUGGAGGUGAAGGAGGGGAUCGCAGCGGAGGUGGAGGCUGCGCCACUGUUUGAGCCUACACCGCCACGGGAGGAGCCCCCGCAACCACCAAUGCUACCGAUCACUCUGCCACCUGCGUUGCUGAAGCCACCGCCUGGAUGGAAGCCUGGGGAUCCAAUCACGCUGCCGCUGGAUGGGAUACUACCUGGUGUCAAGGGUGAAGAGCCACAAGCCACUGUGCCACUGCCGCCUAUCGCGGUUCAGCCAGUCGCUCCAAUGGGCCGAGAGCCGAUACAGGUUAAGGCUGUUCAGCUUGACUUUGGGAGUAGCAGCAGCGAUGAGUACAGUAGUGAUGUCGGGAGCUCAGAAGAAGACGAUGAGGAUUAGUGCUUGGUAAGCUCCAUCAAUUCAUCAUUCAUGUGUUUUCAUGUCACUGCAGCCAUGCUAUAGUAAAAAUACAUAGCAAGGUUGUUAGCUAAUAUUGUUUGUGCCUGUCUGUUCUAGUUGUUUUGACACUAGAUUAACUGCUGAAUACAUUUGGUUAAAAUCGGUUCUGAUUUAUUUGCCGGAUCACAAGAUCAUUUGUUUCCAUAAAUGUAAUAUAAAUCCUUAUGGAGUUCAAAUGACUUGACGUUUGUAGUCAAGAUGCGUGAAUGCUGUAUUAAUCAGAAUCCUGGCUUCUUUGA